CACUCCUCCAGAAACCCAGCAGUCAUUCGUUUGUACCUCCUUGAGCAUCAAUACCGUGUCGAUUUCACUCACUCAAUUGCUUCGAAAAUGGUCAAGUUCAGUAGCUUUGCUACAGUGGUGGCGGCUACCUCUAUCUUCCUUGCCGCCAAUGCCCAUCCAGGUCACAGUAUCGAGGAGGAGAUUGCCGAGCGCGUAGCGUACCUCAAGCGUGGCGUCAGCAACCUGGACCACUGCGCCGAAAAGCUUCGCGCACGAGGGCAUGAGAAGCGGUCCAUCAGUCGUCGAGUCGCAAAGAUUCAAGAGCUGAGAGAUGAGGUUGCACACAAGAAGAGAUCCCUCGUGCGUCGACAGACGGCCAGUUCGGCCAUGCCAUCGGGCAGCGGAACUCCUACCGGCGCCAUGCCUUCGGGCGCAGCUCCCUCAGGUGGCGCUGGCGGCGCCGACGGUGGACAAAACAUCAGUGACUUCGGGGCUUCGGUCGUCAACGCCAGCCAUCUGUCAACCCUGAAGGUCGAUCCAUGGACCGCCGACGUCGAUUCGAUCAUCUACGGCAAUUCUUCCUGCAUCCUCAACCCUGAAGGCGAGAUCGGACCAUAUUACGUCCAAGGCGAGUUCGUCCGCCACGAUAUCACUGAGACCCAGCCGGGUGUUCCCGUCUACCUUGAGGAACAAUUCAUCAACGUAAACACCUGCGAGCCCAUCACGGGCCUCUAUUCUGAUAUCUGGCAUUGCAACAGCACCGGCGUCUAUGCCGGCGUCGUGGCCAACGGCAACGGCAACUCGGACGACGCGUCGAACAUCAACUCCACGUUCCUGCGUGGUAUCCAGAAGACCGACUCCGAUGGCGUCGCGGCCUGGCGGUCCGUCUUCCCGGGCUACUACUCCGGACGAGCGACGCACAUCCACAUGGUCACGCACACAAACGCCACGCUGCUCUCGAACGGGACGAUCACCGGCGGCACGGUCAGACACAUCGGCCAAGUCUUCUAUGACCAGGAUCUCAUCGAUUACAUCAACGACAACGUCUACCCGUACACGUUGAACACCAUCACCUUGACGACCAACGCCGAGGAUGGGAUCUUCAUCACCGAGACCAGCACCAACAGCGACCCUGUGCUGAACUAUGUGCUGCUAGGGGACAAGGUUGAGGACGGCCUGUUCGCCUGGAUCACCAUCGGUGUCGAUCCAAGCGCAGAGUACACCACCGAGGCGGCCAGCGUGUUGACGGAAGAUGGAGGAUACGCCACUGGAAACACGAACGUGGUUUAGAUUGAUGUGCGGAAGGGGGCAUUCCCUCACGUCAUGCACAAAAAAGCCCGAGAGGUGCUGGUUCGCAGUGGAGGAGUAAUCGUAACUGGGAGAUGAAUGGCUG